AUGGAUGCUGCGAAUCCAGUCCAGCAUGGAUCCGAAGCAGUCGCAUACCACAUCCCCACGGUACCUUCUGCAGGUGAUACAUCGCCUCUCAAGACAACUAUCGCUCUACCUCGCCGCUCAGCGUGGACGUCCGGACUGCACUUUCAUGCCACGCACACUGAGUACCUCCGUCUCGUCAAAGGAGCCGUCUUCGUCGAACUUAAUGGCAAGACGAAGCUUAUCAGCGCACUUGUAGGCGGCGAAGUUGACGCAAGUACCGGUCAACAGAUACAAGAAGGGUUGGUCAUCGAGAUCCCUCGAUAUGCAAGGCACAACUGGGGCCGCCUUGAUCACUACAUAAGCUUGACGAGACAAGGAAGGAGCCCGCAACCGAUAUGGCCUGAAGACUGGACGGAGGAGGUAGUCGUGGAGGAGUCGACGGAUCCGAGCGAUAUCAGCAAACCGCUCUUUUUCUGGAAUUUGAACGGCAUCAUCACGGCACCAAGUGAUACGAUUUUUUGUAUGCGACAGCGGGUCGCUAAAGGCUUCUUGGGAGACCUGUGGAUAGACCUACAGCUCUUUGUGGUCUUCUGGGAGCUGGACAAUUGGCCUAUCUUCAUCGACUUCAGGAAGCUGCCACUUGGAGUCAGGCCCAGUUGGGCAUUAAGGAUGGGUGAAGGAGCCGAAAUUGUUACAUCUUUUAUUGUGCUUUGCGUUGCCAGGGUGUUUGGCAUACUCCUGGGCUUACGAGCAGUGGAACAGCGGAGGACGCCAGAUGCGCUGUGGGAAGCAUACUGGAAGUCAGCACGCGACUAG